AUGUGAAUAUUGUGAAUACUGCGCACUUAUAAUGUGAAAUGAAUAGCAACGUGUGUAUUGGUGCAUCCGCAUGAUAUGCGCACCCAUUCUUUAAUACUGCUUAGUGUAGAGUGAAUCUUUUUCAGUUGAUGAAUUUAAGUCUAGAGGUUUCCCCCGGUAGUUGACUGCAGAAAUGGAAUUCAACCACCCAGACUCUCUGACAGCGCUUUCAGCAAUAAGAGAAAUACAAGAAGGCUCAACACAAGUGACUGAACCCCGCGAUGAACAAACGUCUCGCUACAGAAAGAUUUUGGACAGCAUUCUUACUUCUUUAUUGAACGAUACCGAAAAAGAUGCAGAGCAGACGCGUCCAGUUUUGGAACGCUUGCUUGAAUGUGUACAACACUGCGCCCAAGCAUUGCCUGUAUUGUUCCUGCCGCAGGAAAGCAGUGAGCCAGGCUCCACUGAACAGUGUGCCUUGCGCUUCAGCGAAAGUCUUAUUGGAAGACUUCUCGUUCUCCUAAGCAUACCUGGUCUUGGUGAGCUCUCCGGGCACUGCUGCCGUGUCAUCGAAUCACUCUUGACCUUGUACAAGCGUCACAACAUGAGACUGUUGCAUCAGUUCUUGGACAACCUACUCGAAGUUUUUGUUGAUGUAUACCAAUUCUGUGUUCUGAAUAGUGGCACUGAAAUGGCCACUUGUCACUUUGGUGUCACCCUUUCAUUUGCUGGCCAUCAAAAUGUGAAGAAGUCGAAGGCUGAACAAGGGGGCAUCCAUAUAUCUCUACCUGAUGGCGGACGUGCUUUGCUCCUUUCACUCAUGAAGCUUUUGGUGUUCUUAGCUGAUGACAUGGUAGCAUUUGGAAAUGGUCGCAGACUCGGACGGGACAGACUUGUUCGCUCGCUUUGCGGCCUUCUGAGCGCAGACAACAGUGAACUCGUGGAGGCCAGUCUUGAAGCAUUGAACUCUUUUCUCAGGCAGUAUUACCUUGUGACGGAAAACACCGAGACAGAAGUCCUCCUGAGUGUUAUGUGGCUUAUUCACUUCAUAUCAACAGGUAGCAUAACCCUAACAUCUUCUGGAACAGACCGCCUAGUAGGCUUCUUGAAGACUGUGGCAAAGAUCCAGGUAUCUCCAGGUGCUUCAGAAGAAGUCCUGCUGGGAUUAGCUAAGGUCAUGCAGAACUUGGCAAAACAUCCAACACUCCUCAAUGCCUCAGCACAGUUGUUUAGUAAAGUUUCGACGGACUCUGGCAGCUGUCCACCCCUGGACUCUGUGUUGCAAGAGCUACGAGAUAACCUGAGCCCCUUGCUGGAGGCUGCAGACAUCAACAUUGUUUCAAGUAAAACCUAUGUUGGUGUCCUGGUAAUGGAAGUCGGCAAAGCUCUUGCCAAAUUGGAAUAUGAAGAAGAAAAUGUCCGGCAUUCUACCGUUGCCAAAAUGCUGCGGGACAGCUUUGUUGGAAUCAAGUUGGACAGGCUGCUGUAUAUACAGGACACUGGCCUGGAGAGCUUGAAGAAAGUGGCUGUCUGUUUAGAAGCUCUGCAAAUGGCUGUACUUCGAUUGCUGCAACCAUCUGCUAUCUCCAAGUUGCAAAAUGAAGCAAAGGCUACAGCAGCUGAAAAGGCAACCAUGCGCGUGCAACUCAACGUCAGCAGCGAGCGGAUGGUGUUGGCUCUGCUCAAGGACGCCCUCGAGCGUCGCUUGGACGAUGAGUUGUUGUGUGAGGUGUUCCACAUUCUUGUACUCCUCCUGAGGUGUCAAGAAGUACCAAGUGCGAGUGAUCUUUCCGAGUUUCUUUCUCGCCAUUGCAGUAGCAUGGAACACCCGAUUUAUUUUGUUGAUUUUUGCACCACUGGAUGCUGCAAGUUCUGCCCCUAUCUGCACUACAGGGACAGUGCAAUCAUCGAGAAGGCUCCCGAGCCGAAUUUGGUGUCAUGGGUGAAUUGUGUUCGGGACCUCUGUUGUGUCUUGUCUGGAAAGGCCAAUAGCUUUCAAGCCGGAGACAGUUGGCAGCAACCAAACGCUGUGUGCUGCUUUGCAUGUGAAGCAGAAUGCUUGUCGCUAAUUGCUACUGCGAGUGACAGCAAGUACAUGAGUGAUUGUGUCCUCAAGCUGUGCACCUCCCGUCACAGUUCUGUUAGAGAAGCCAUGGUUUCCGACCUGCCCAGCGUCCUUUGCCACAUUCAGUUGGAUGACGCGCUGAUUGCAAGUCUGCUGGACCUUUUGGAAGAUUCUGACUAUGUUGUCAGGAUGAAGUUCGGAAAUCGGCCUCUCAAGAUGCUGAUGUCGAGAAGCGAUUCCAGCGUCCGCAGCACCAUUGUGUCACGGUUGAAGCAUACUCUGAACAGUGCCUGGCAGUCGGAGAAUGUUCGCCUCCAGGACACCCUGCUCACAGCAGUUGGCUGCGUAGGACGGGAUGCCAGGGAUGAAGACUCACAGGCAUUUGCCUUGCUAUGCCUGCUGCAGCAUAUACUCUGCCGCACGGCAGGCGUGGCUGAUAUCGCACGUGAGCAGCUUGUGGAGCUUGCGGAGAAUUUGGGUUCUUCCACGAGCAUCUUGUUGAAAAAAUUUCGACCACAAGUGGGAAAAUUUCUGUUUGAUGGCAUGAUAAAGGCAAGUCAAGAGCGGGGUUUCUCCAUGAACACUUUCCUCAGCAACCUGAUUGGAAUAUUUGGCUCCACUGAUGUUCGGAACUUUCUUAUAAGCAUGCUUCGGUUCCUGCUGCCCCCGCUGGUUCUCCAAGCUGAGCCAAUGUGUUCUCGCCUGUUGAAGGCAUUUGCCAAGGAGAUAAAGUCUGCUCGUCGAGACCUCCUAAUGACCAACUUCAAGCACAUUUUUCCUUACCUCGUCUGCCACGCUUCAGGCAAUCAGCUGGCCACUGCCCUGUCAUUUGUUGAGGCAGAGACGGGCCUCCGUAUCGGCAACGUGCUUCGAUUCGACUUCCAGCGCAUCUUGAAUGAGCUUCUCUUUCACCUUGGCAGCCACUAUGAGCAGGUGCAUGAUGGCUUGCUGGUGCUGGCCAGGGAAGAUGGUUUCCGCCCGAUCCGUUCUACCAAGGAUUUGGCAGAGUUUCUUCAGCCGAGGCUACUUGGCUUCCUGACGUUUUUCGACCUUCAGCUUGUGAACAAAAAUAUACCUGAUGACAAGAAAAAAGAGGCACUAAGGAGCCUUGAGUGCAUCCUUCAACUUAUGGGCCAGCAGCACGUAACAGCACUUCGAAUGAAGUUGAUGGCAACCUUGAAGUUGGCAUUACGGCUCAGUCAUGGGGAAUUUCCAUCAAUUAACAGUUGUGUAUGGAGCACAUUCAUUCACAACCUUGAGCCAUCAUCUACAGGUCCACUGUUGAGUCAAAUUACUGCGACACUGUUGCCACUGCUAAAGCUGGACCCAGAAGGUGCAAAAAACAUCUUCAACUUUCUCUUCAUUGACAACAGGGAGCAGCACCUGAGCUUCUUCCAUGACCUUCAUUUCAUUUCUGAAGUUCCAGGACUUGAGCAUGUUCAGCAAACCGUAUCAACACCAGACAGCCAGGGAGAGAACAACCUGAGUAACAUAUUGAGUCCCUGCUUACAUGGUAUUGCACAUGAGAACCUUGACGUACGAGUGCUAGCUUUGGGAAAACUGAAAAAAGUGCUUUCAGCUAAUCAGAGCAAGCUGGCAGAGCAUCUGCUUACACGGGAGUCGGUGGAUCCACUUGUUUCAAAGCUGAUAGUUCAGCUUCUGAGUGGUUGCCGGGAAGCCGAUUCCAAGGUGCACGUCCUUUUGGCUGAAUGUUUCGGCGAACUGGGGGCAAUAGACCCUGGCAGGUUGGAACUGGAGCUUCUGAACACUGAAGAGGCAGUUGCCGUCCACAGUGGAGUCGAUGACAAGAGCUUUGCAGUUGACCUGCUUCAGCGCUUAUGCCGGUCAUACCUUGCUGCUGAAGAUAGCAGAGUUCAGGACUGUUCUUCAUAUGCCAUUCAAGAGGUCCUGAAGAUUUACAAUUGUAAUGAGAUUAAAUCUACACUCGGACGAAAUUUGUGGAAGAGUUUUUCUCCCGAAGUGCAGGAGAUCUUCACUCCAAUGCUCAGUUCAAGGUACAUCAUGUCAAACAGUGCCUCUGUGGAGUACCCGCACCCAUUGUUUGGUACUAGUUAUGCACAGAACUUCCGGGACUGGUUGGCAAACUGGACGCUUGACCUUCUGGACAAGUUGAAGGAGGACAAGGCUCUCAAGGUGUUCAGGGCAUGCUCCCUUGUCUUCAAGAACGACUCCAACCUGGCUUUGUUCCUCUUGCCACGGGUUCUGGUGUGUGUCCUCGCUGUCACGGAUGCUGCUGGCAGGGAGCAGGUAAUGACUGAAGUGCUGGCAGUUCUGCAGCAUUGUGAGCAAACAGACGACAAUUCUGGCUUGUUGCACCUCUGCUCUCAAACCAUCUUCUCAAUACUUGACUACUUAGCUGUGCGUGCCAAGAUGUUCAGAAACUCCACAGCUCCUGGGACGUCAUCAGCAUCACCGGCAGUGGCAGUGCUCAGUGAUGAAGAGGCAUCCUUUGUGGCUCGCAUCCCGCAAGACCUCCUGGCACGCGUGUCAUUCAACUGCCAGGCCUACACACGUGCUCUGUUUCACCUGGAGUCGUACCUCCAUGACCACCCGGAGCGUGUGCAAGAGAAUCUGCAGUUGCUUCUGAAAGUUUAUGUGGCGCUUGACGAGCCCGACGGAGUUGCUGGUGUAGCUGCAGUUCGUAAUAGUCGGCCAUCUUUGGAAGACCAAAUCAUUGAGCACCAGGCAAUGGGGAAGCUGCAGGAUGCUCUCGCAUGUUAUGAACGAGCACUACGACUGCCCACGUCUCAAGCGUCUCACCAUCAGGGGCUGCUCAGUUGCCUCCUGUGCCUCGACCAACCCAGCACAGCACUCACACAUGCCUCAGGGCUUCUCGCAGAGAGGAGUGACUGGCUACCAGACAUAAUUGAGUACCAAGCGGAAGCUGCCUGGAGACUUUGCAACUGGGACUUGCUUGAGAAGUUUUUGCAUACUCAGGACUCAAUCCCACAAGACUCGGGUAACAGCUGGAGCUCAUGGGGUGUGGCCACAGGUCGACUUCUCCUUUCUGCUUACAACCUGGAUGAAAAGUCCUUUUUAGAUAGCCUGGCACAAGCACGAAGUCACCAGACAAGCCCUCUUGCAGCUGCAGCCAUGGAACAGGAGGCUUACCAAAGGGGCUACCGUUACGUUUCCAGAAUGCAAAUACAGGGUGCCUCAGCUAAAAAGCACCAACGUUCACCACUGCUACUGGAACCUCUGUGGAAUGUACGGCGCGCACUGCUCAGCAUUGCCAGGAAGAAGCAUCAUGACCUGGAGGAUGUUCUCCAAACAGAACUCGCCAAGUGCUGGCUCCAGAGUGCCAAGCUGGCACGAAAGAAUGGCCAUCUGCAGCAGGCCUACAGCUGCCUUUUGGAAACUGAUGGCUGUGAACUGCCUGACAUUUUUUUGGAAAAGGCUAAAUGGCUGUGGGCAAAGGGAGAAAGAGAGCGUGCCCUUGCAGAACUUCAUCGUGGCAUCGAACGUCACUUUCCCGGCUGUACUACCGAUAGCGGCAGCAGUGAUUCAUCUUCCACACCGGAAGAACGCUUCGCAUGUGCCAAGGCACGUCUGCUGUUGGCACGCUACAGUGAAGAGUCCGCAGCUGUGGAAAGUACACGCCUUGCGUUUUUGUACAAGAGUGCAGCACGGGCUUGCUCUACUUGGGAGGAUGGAUUAUUUCACUUUGCCAAGUACUGCGACACAAUGCUGCCCCUGAACGAAAAGCCAGAAAAGAAAGCGGACACGAUGGUGCAUGUAGUUCGGCACUAUGGGGAAUCUCUGCGUUACGGCUGCCAGCACAUGUACCACUCCAUGCCCCGCAUGUUGUCCAUUUGGUUUGACCUGGGCUCCCAAGUGGCUGAGAUGAGCCACUCACGUCGCCCGCCUGCUGUACUUGAAAAGCUCGAGGGGUACCUCAAGACCAUGACUGAUAGAGCACUGGGUCUGCUCCUAAAUCAGCUUCCACCGUACCUGUUCUUCACUGCAAUGCCACAGCUCAUCUCGAGGAUCUGCCAUUCUCACGAGCGGGUGUCAGCCAUGCUCAAGGAGAUCAUAGCUCGCCUGCUUGCCACCUACGCACCACAGGCAGUGUGGAUGAUGAUUGCAGUUUCUAAGUCCUCAUACCCGAUGCGGGUGCGGCGCUGUCAAGAGGUAUUUCAGCUGGCACGGCAGCAGAACCCAAGCCUGGCUAAGUUCCUGAACGACACACUGGCCCUCUGCGAGAGGCUCCUUGAAUUGUGCAACCGGCCAGUCGGGGAGACCAACGUCCUUCAAAUCUCACAGCACGUCAAAGGCUUUCACGAGAUGCUGAGGGGACCGAGUUUCAGCCGCAUCCUACUGCCUCUGCAGUCGGCCACAUCAGUGUCACUCCCAGCAGCUGGCACGCCCAGGGACCACAAGCCAUUCCCACAGACACCCGUCCACUUGGUUUCAAUCAAUGACCGGGUUGAUGUGCUCUCUUCACUACAGAAACCGAAAAAGAUCAGUGUGAAAGGCAGCGACGGCAAGACUUAUGCUAUGAUGCUGAAGCCAAAAGAUGACCUUCGCAAGGACUGCCGGCUGAUGGAGUUCAAUAACCUCAUGAACCGCUAUCUCAAGCAGAGCGCUGAAGGUCUCAAGCGCAGGUUACACAUACGCACCUACAAUGUGGUUCCCCUGAACGAGGAGUGUGGGCUCAUUGAGUGGAUUCCAGACCUGCAGGGAUAUCGGCUCAUUCUGAACCGCAUCUACCGCGAGAAAGGUUUGCUCGUAUCCAGCAAGGAGAUAAAGGAGAUGAUGCCUGACCUCAGCACCACUGUUGAGAAGAAACUGGCCAUAUUCAAGGAAAAGUUCCUUCCUCGAUUCCCCCCUGUUUUCUAUGAGUGGUUUCACAAGAACUUCCCCGACCCAACUGCCUGGUACACUGCAAGGCAGUCAUAUGCACAGACAGUCGCUGUGAUGAGCAUUGUUGGUUUCAUCCUGGGCCUGGGUGACCGACAUGGCGAGAACAUCCUCUUUGACGCUUCAUGUGGAGACGCCGUUCAUGUUGAUUUCAACUGUCUCUUCAACAAGGGAGAAACCUUCGACUGGCCGGAGAAGGUACCUUUUCGUCUGACACACAACAUGGUAGAUGCCAUGGGUCCUCUGGGGUACGAAGGUGUCUUCAGAAAAGCAUGUGAAGUCACACUACGCAUCAUGAGGAAUGAGACGGAUGCACUGAUGAGCGUGCUGAAACCGUUUGUUCAUGACCCUCUCGUUGAGUGGAGCAAAGCACCAAAAGGUGCAAGAAGUCAUCAGUCAGAGUCGGGAGAGAUCAUCAAUGAAAAGGCCCUGGUGAAUGUGAAUGGAAUUGAGCAGAGACUAAAAGGUGUCUACCGAGGUCGCAACAAACCCGCUGGGCCACCUCUUUCUGUUGAGGGGCAAGUGGACAGCCUCAUUCAGGAAGCAACCAGCGAGGUCAACCUGUGCCAGAUGUAUGUUGGAUGGGGUGCCUACCUCUGAUGGCCUUCUCACUGCAAGUUUAGUAGGCUUGACAUCUCUUCACUCCAGAGUUUGGGCAUUCUUUCAGUACUGUACAUAUUAACAUGUCCUAGACUAUGAAUUUCUCAGCGUGUUUUUUUUUUUUUUAAUGCAUGCAAAAACAUCUUGUAGUGUAACUCAUUAGUCCAUUCCAUCUAUUCAUUGCAGCUGCCUUAUUUACUGUCCAGCAGGGAGCCUACCCUACUACAUGAACUUAGAUUGAUUCUGUGAUCCCAUUGUUUUGGUCACUAGUACUGUGUCAUUAACAAAACAGCAGCAUUUUGCACAGCUCAGAUGUAUUUAUUAACUACGUUAAGGCAUUUUGAGUCACAAUAAGAAGUACAAUGACAUGUCUUUUUGUACCACAAAGCAACAUAUCUGUGCUCAGGGACUGCGAGUAAAUUGAUUUCAAGGGGAACAAACGGUGAUAACCUAUGUUGUUCUAUCCAAAUGUUAUUAUUUGUUGAGUGUUUUUUACUGUUGGUACAGCCAUUAAAUUUUAUGAAGCUUCUCUCGUG